GUUUCUGUUUCACGAUGAAGUUUUCUUUGGUAUUUGUGGCUGUCUUGCUUUGUCUUUCUCUUGUACGCACUCAAGCAAAGUGUACUUAUAUUGAAGAAUACUGUGGAACUUCAGCUUCUGGAGUCGUCGUUCACUGGAAGUGGGUGAAUGAGGCAGAGGGACUCAUUGAGUGGACCUUUAACAACACUGGAAGCAGCGAUGCUAGUGUGAUCCUAAACAGAGGUGCCACAUAUAACGGUGCACCACUGGUUCCUCCUUAUGUGUUUGCCGCAGCAUACUUCCCAGCUUAUUUAUAUGAUGGUCUGGCUCAGUACUUUUAUGGCAAACCAGUUCCUCUUAGAAACUAUCAAGCUGACUAUGAUCUUCCUAUUGGUAUGCUUAAAGUAGAUGAUGAUUUUUGGACAGUCUUUGUAUUCACUUUGGCUCCUGGCCAAGUAUUCAAAAUGGAAGAAGGAGGUUAUAUCUAUGAAGGAAGCAAUAUCUUUCCAUAUUGUCAAAACGUGGAUGACAUUUCUUAUGAAGGCUCUGAGGUCUUUACUGUGGAAUAUGAUGCUGCCACUCAAUGCACCGAGUUUGACUCUACUCAACCAUGCCCACCAAAGAAGUUCGAUGUAGGUAGUGCCUGGUACUCUAUCAAAAAGGGUUUGGUGAAUAGUACCAACUUUUGGCCAAGCGCUGGUGAUAAGUUCUAUCUUAAUGUUUGUGCGGAAGAAAUGCCAUACAGGAAAGCAGAAAGAGCCAAUAUUGCCAGUGUUGAUCGUCAACAACUUCUAGUCAUUAAUCAACAAGUUAGAAGUGCUGUCCGUCGUGCUCAAGUAUCCAGUGAUAAGCGAGUCAAGAGAGUUCUUUAAAGGUCUCUUUGGUAGACAGAGAUUGUUUUGGUAGUGAUGGAGAAUGAUUGAUUGCUAGCUUUUGUUUUUC